AUGUUGAUGCGUCGAGUGACUGGCAAAGCAAAUGUACCAGACGUCACCGGCCCGACCGUCCCCGUGCGAAAGCCCGACUUUCUUCCCUCUCGUGAUACCCCGAAACUACGAGCAACAUGGCUCGGUCAUGCCUGUUACUAUGUUGAAUUCCCCGGUGGCCUCCGCGUUCUCUUCGAUCCUGUACUGGAGGAACGGUGUGGUCCUUACAACCUGCUGGGCCCGAAGCGCUUCACGGAAGCACCUUGUCAGAUUAAGGACAUUCCGGUGAUUGAUGCAGUCGUGAUUUCACACAACCAUUACGAUCACCUCUCCUACCCGGGCGUGACUGAAAUCGCCAAGUUACACCCUAAUUGCCAUUUCUUCGUCCCUUUGGGCAACAAGUCCUGGUUCCACAGUUGCGGAAUCGAAAAGGUCACAGAAUUGGAUUGGUGGGAUGAGCGUGAUGUGACCCUGUCACCGUCGAAGCAUGAAGAUCCAAAGAUCGAGGCAGUCGGAGAAGCCGUCUCUGGACCCGCAGAGAUUACUGCUCGACUCAGCUGCCUGCCUUGCCAGCAUUCAACUAAUUGGGUGAAAAGCGAUACCGGAUACAAGGCAGUCCCCGCCCUUCCUGAAGGCGAAGAUGAUCACGAUGCCAAGUAUGAAUUUGCCAUCUGCCCUGCUUUCAAGCAAGUGGGUGAAUUCCGGGGCCCGUUUGAUCUGGGAUUGAUUCCUAUCGGAGCAUAUGCUCCUCGGCACAUUUGGAGCUCAGCACAUGCGGAUCCUCAUGACGCUGUGAAUAUCUUCCAGGAUACCAAGUGCAAGAAAGCCCUCGGUAUGCACUGGGGAACAUGGGUAUUGACUGAAGAGGACGUCUUGGAGCCACCUCAGAAGCUCAAGACCGCCCUGAAGAGAUUCAAUAUGCCCGAGACAGGCGUCUUUGAUGUCUGUGAUAUUGGCGAGAGCCGAGAGUUCUGA